AUGGAGAUUAAAAUUGACAUGAAUCAAGACUCUUACGCCCAAAACCGAAAUCGACUGGAACACCAAUACAAAAAGAAUUAUCACCACAUUAAUCAUAUUGUUUAUUUUUCCCUUGGUAAGUGUACUACUGAUGACUCCAAAUUUGGUUCCAAUGAUGAUUCACAGGCAGAUGAUAGUGACGUGACAAAUAAAACCAGUUAUUCUAAUUUAUACCAAUUGUUUAUUGGUAAUUUGACUUGGUGGACAACAGAUCAAGAUAUAAUGGACUCUAUAAUCAACGUUGGAGUACAUGAUAUCAUUGAUAUUCAAUUUUUUGAAAAUCGAGAAAAUGGCCAAUCAAAAGGUUUUUGUAUUGUUACAUUAGAAUUAGAGAAAAGUUUAAAUCGAAUUUUGAAGAAAUUACCAAAUGAACUUAUCUAUGGACGACAACCUGUUGUUACAUUUCCAUCUUCAAGUGCAUAUUUUAUGUUUGAAUCAAAAUCUGAAACUCGGCUUUCCCUUUCAUCAAUUUAUCAAACCAUAUCUUCUAUGAGAGAUAUGUCUAGAAAUCUUAACAAAAAGUCAUUAAAAAUUCCAUCAGUAGGUAAGCCUUAUCAUACUAGAAUUCCAUCAAUAUCUGAAUAUACAAAAACGCACCAACAGUAUCCACAAAACACACGUUAUAAAAACCAAUGGAACAGAUCAUAUCAACAAAAAAUAGGUCAAAUGAAUCAAAGUUAUCAUUGUCAAGCACCAGUUAAUCCAACAAUAUUCAAUCAAACUAGCGUACCUCUCACAUAUUCUCAAAAUUAUUCGUAUAAAGAUUAUCAUCCUUCCUUUACAAAUUAUUAUAGAUCUCACAUCACAAAUAAAACUAAAAUGACAGAAACAGAAAUAAAUUACAUUAUUAACAGGAAUAGAAUUGUGUCUAGCUCUGCUAUAGCACGAGCUAUAACUAAUGCUACUAACGGCGAAUACUUCAGUGCAAUCGAAACUUUGAAUGAAGCAAUAGCAUUGAUCGAAGAUUCUAAAAUAGCUAACGAUGACCGCAGUAAAACAUUAGUGUGUACUUUGUAUAACACAAUACGUGGAAUUCAAACCAAAGUUGUUAAAAAAAAGAAAGAGUUGUCUAAAUCGCCUUCGUGUAGAUCAUAUAGGAGAUCAAAACGUGAACACAGUUAA